AUGAAUUUGCCGGUGUUGAUGUCCAAGAAGAAAACCAGGUGGCUGCGAGCUGAAGAGGCUCUUGGCAGUGCCCAGACCCAAAUCUUCCCACCCACCGGGCCGGUGCCCGGUGAUGUGCGACAGGGGAUGCUGGGGGAUUGCUACUUCCUUGCGGCUUUGAGCGCCAUUGCUGAGGCGAAGCCUUCUUUGCUGAAGCAGGUGAUUUACUUUACUGAUGCCAGUCGUGAAGCUGGGAUUUGCGUUUGCCGGUUGAAUCGUGGUGGGAAGUGGCUGCAGGUGCCAGUGUCUCAUAGCUUGCCAUGUCGUCCGUCGGUCCCCCGGAUGGCCGCAGCGCAGCGGCAAGCAGAGGCCAAGGAGGGCCGGAUCUUUGCGUUUUCGAGCUCUGGACAGUCUCUUUGGGUUCCACUCUUGGAAAAGGCCUGGGCGCGUCUCAACGGAUCUUAUCAGGCGGCCGAGCGUGGAGAUGGGGCUGAAGCCUUAGCGGCCCUCACUGGGGCCCCUGCCCGGCACUACAGCUUGCGGUACCACGCUCAUGGUGAGGAAGGCUGGUGGCCAACUUUCUCCUCCAUCCUCUCGUACCCGAAGAGUUGGAGCUUGACAGGCGAUGGAAGAUGGGGCUGGACGUACCAAACUCGCUUGGUCUCCACCGUGGGCGAAGGCCCCAUGUUCAUUGUAAGAGUGCAGCACCCCACCAAGGCAUUGGACUUGCAAAGCUGCGAUCAGCGCUGGCGCCGAGAGGAGGCCUUGUCACAGCUCUAUUUGCGACUGUCGCAAUGGGAUCGAGAAGGAGUGGAGCAGACCCACCACUUUUACGAUAUGUCCACCACCUUUAUGCUUCUUGCCCGGGGCGCCUCAUUUGCGCGGCAGCCAACGCGAGAGGAGGAGGCUGAGAUGGAACCAACCAUCAAGAGCCGUUUGCUGAAUGCCUUUGCGCGAUUAGGUGGCUUUCCAGAGCGCUGUGGGAUUUGCGUGGCCGCCCUGGACACCUGGAGCGUUGGCAUUCAGAGCCACUUUCCGCCAGGCAGCUUUGGACAUCGCUCAGCAGGAGAUCCUUUGGUGGCGAAGCAUGUUGUGGAGCAGCUGCCUCCAGGGAAGUAUUGUCAUGCAUUGGCUUUGGAGAGGGAGCACUGGGAAAAUCUCUACGUGUCCCCUUUGGAGAUUCACGAGCACUUGGCGCGUGACGUGCUUUACGGCAAGCGUGUCCUCCUCCUCCAUGGCAGCCUCACCCAGCCCUCGAAGCUCCCUGCCUUUCGCUUUGCCCAAUCAGUGGCCAUGGCUGGGGUGGACCUCCCUGCAGCCGUGCGAGUUGAUGAGCUCUUGGCCGACCUGGCCGGCCUGCUCUCGCAGGUGGAGCUGGUCCUGCUGUCACUGCCACCCGGUGUGGGAGCCCUGGUGGCGAUGGAGGUGACCUGCCGCUUCGGUGUCCAGGCAUUGGAUGUUGGGCGCCUGGCGCUCACAUCGCUGCCCGGCCCCAGAGCGCCAGCGCCUUUGACGUCGCGAGCCCCGGGCGGGGAGGAGUUCCCCGCACGCGCGGAGGUCAGCGCGAGCGUGCCAACCGGCGCGAAGCGGCGGAUGGAGUUGAAUGGUAUUUGGCAGGUCCAAGUGACCUCAGACACAGUGAGCCUGCAGGAGCUCUCAGAGGACUGGCAAAGCAUCGAGGUGCCGUUUGCACCCCAGUCCUAUCGAGGGCUUGCAACGAAGAUUGCGGCUGUGGAGGCUGUGUGGUACCGACGAGAACUUUAUUUGGAUGAGAGUUGGUGCAAAGCUGGAGUGCUGCAACUAUAUGUGGAUGCUUGUGACUGGGAAUGCGCCUUCUACCUGAAUUCCAUUCCCCUGGGCGUGCACCGUGGUGGCUAUGACCCCUUCAAUCUAUCUUUGCCAGAGAUCUGUGAAACUCGCCUUUGGCUCACCAUCCGCGCGUGGGAUCCCACGGACGAGGGCUGUGCCUUCACGGACACUCCGCCCAUCCCCUGUCACAGAUGUUGUGAAACUGGAUGGCAGCCGCGCGGAAAACAAUCCCUCAAGCCUUCGUCCAUCAUGUACACAGCGGUCACAGGACUUUGGCGGCAAGGGUUGUGGAUUGAAGAACUUCCUUCAUGCUACAUCCAUGACCUGGACGUCUCGGUUCUGACAGAGAAGGAGCUGAAGGUCCAAGUGGUCGCAAACUGUGCCGAGCCGAUCUCCAUCGAGGUCUAUCGGGAAGCCCAAGCCACAGAGCUCAUAGCGCAUGCUGCUGGGCCUUGCUGCGAGAUGCAUUUGCACCUGGACCAGGCCCUGGAUGCAUGGUCACCGGAGUCGCCGCGGCUCUACGAGCUGCGCGCCUCGCUGGGAGCGUCGGCGUUGCUCGGCGCGCGCGGGGCGCGGAGUCGGCGCUUCGCGCGGCGGAGCCUGGAGAUCCGCGAGGAGCGCGUGCUGCUGAACGGCGAGGCGGUCUUUAUGCACGGUGUUUUGUACCAGGGAUACUGGCCCGAAUCGCUCCUCACACCUCCGGACGCGAGCGCGGUGGAGCGAGACCUUCGUGCCAUCAAGGCCUGUGGCUUCAACACCGUGCGUGUGCAUGCAGUGGUCAUGAGCACUACAUUCUAUUCCCUUUGCGACGAGCUGGGGCUGAUGGUUUGGCAGGACAUGCCCGCAGGCGACAUGCGGGCCAUGCCCUUGUGGUGGGAUGGCCGAGCCAUUGCGGAAGAGUGGGCUGACCCUGCUUGGAGCUUGGACGAGAUCGUUCGCAGCGAACCCAGCCAGAGCGCCUUCUGGCAGGAACUGCAGGCCAUGAUCAAGUACUUGAAACCCUAUCCCUCGAUCGUGAGCUGGGUGCUCUUCAAUGAGGGCUGGGGGCAAGCAGAGACCCAGGCGACGGUGGACUGGGUGCGUCAAUUGGAUUCCACGCGCUUGGUGGAUGCCGUCAGCGGGUGGAACGAGGUUGGAAGUGCGUUGGGGGAUUUUGCCGACAUCCACAACUACGAAGACAACUCCUCUGCCUUUGGUGCCUUGCCCGAGAGCUUUGUAAACUAUGCGGCCUGGGGCUACAACAUUUCAGGCCGUGUCCCCGUGCUGGGAGAAUAUGGCGGCUUGGGUUACGCUGUAGAGGGACACCGAUGGUCUCAGCAUCAUGAGUGGGGCUAUGGAGAGAAGGAGGUCAACCGCAACCCAGAAGUCUUCGCUGACGGCUUGGAGAGGCUCAUGGGACGUUUGCUUCGUGCGAUUUGCGCUGGGGGCGUGGCUGGAGCGAUCUACACUCAAUGGACGGAUGUGGAGACGGAGGUGAACGGACUACUGACCUACGACCGACAGUUUAAGCUGCCUUUGGAGUUCUACCAAGAGUUCAGCAGUCGAGUCUUAUCUAUCGCAAGGAAGUGCUGGGCAGUGGUUCAAAGCACCGCGGAGCCAGAGAGCAAAAGGGUCUCACUGCAAGAGCCUGGGCAGCCGGGCAUGCGUUUUUUCUUGUUUCUCACACUUCCAGGUCCGGAACGAGACACCAAAGAGAAGGUGUGGAUGGCCCUGGAGAAGGCGACCAAAGAUGGCCAGCCCAUGUGCGCCAAUUGCCAAGGGAAGAAGAAGCCACCACCACCAGAUGGGGGCUUCUUUGCCAAGCUCUUUGGUUUUGCCUCGUCCCCAUCCUCUUCAAGUGCUGAGGUGGUGGAAAGCGAUAGUGAUUACGAGGAGGAUCAGGUGGAUGAAGAGACUGGCCUUGUUGGAGCUCACUGCUAUACGCUCCUGGCUGCGGUCGAGGCGGCUGCAGACGGAGGAACCAGUUGGUUUCGCAAAGAGCGUUGGAUUCGCCUUCGCAAUCCUUGGGGGACUGGACGCUGGAAGGGUGGUCCGCAGAAGACUCGUUUGCCAUUCAGCGGUGCAUUCUUUGACUGCGGAAUUCUUGACAAGGAAGCAAGAAGGGCUUCAAAGAGCGCACCGGCCCAAGUCAAUGAGAAGCAGGAAGGUCCUGAAGGGGAGAUGCUGGAAGAAGACCUGGGAACCUUCUGGAUGCGCUUCUCCAACUUUUGCGAAGCCUUCUCGACGGUGCAAGUUUCAGAAUACCGUCCUGGCUAUGUGUCCACCUUGUGCCACCUGAAGCCAACUGCUUCGCAGGUGGCUGUGAGUGUGGAUUUGCCAUUGGACGACCAAAAAGAGAUGGAGGCUGUCAUCUCUGUGAUCCAAGAAUCCGACGAAGCCUUCACCCGUAACCAGCGGAAGAAGUAUUCUGCAGUACGCUUGGAGCUCUUUGAGUUAACAUCGCCAGGCGGAUCCCCGUCUUCGUGGACCCGGGGUGCACGACAUGUGGCCUCCUCCAGCUUCGCGACGCAACGGGAGACGGUCUUACGUGUGGCGAUGAAGACAGGCACCAACUACUUGGUCGUGGUUCACUGGCUUCAAGCCCAGCCGCCACAGAGCUGGAAUUCUGAUGCCACCUUCCGUGUGUAUGCACCACGCCCCGUGAGUUUGGAAGAUGCUGCGGUGCGCGGCUUUGCCGACUUGGCACAGCGGGAGGCUUAUGAGGCAGCAGCUUUCGGACCACGGGGUGUUUGCCUCAAGGAGCAAGGAGGUGUGCAGCUGCGCUGCUGGAGUGACCGGGACAGUGGAACCAUCGCCCUCGUCUUUGAUGCCACGGUGGCACCUGCUGGGCUUAUGGCAUCCAUCCAUUGGAGGCUUCAGAAUGCCAAUUUGCAGCCCAGUUUUCCAGAUGAAGGAAGUCUCAAGGCGAAGGGUGUCCAGGAGCAUGUGCAGCAAGUCGAGCUGAAGCCGGGGCAGAGACAGCUGACCUUAGUGAGUUGGUUGGACCCAGCCACGGCCUUCUCUGCCAGCUACAGCUGGCAAGCUGCGACCGAUCCCUGUGCUGAGUGUGGGCUGCCGGUGGGUGCAGCCGUGCCGGGCCGCUUCAGCGGCGCCUAUCGGAAGAUGGAGCGGCACGCCGUGCACGAGGAGUGCUAUGCGAACUACGUGUUGCGCACAGCUUCACGCUGCCUUGCUUGCAGCAAGCCGGUUGCUCAAAUGAAUGGUUAUGGAGGACAGUUCUUCGAGUACAUUCAGGGACAGCUGGGAGAUCAUCCGGCAGGUCGAGUGCAUUCGGAGUGCCAGGAGGAGUUCCAGAAACGUUUCGCCAAGUCGUGCCUUCAUUGCCGGCAGCCAGUCAUCCGCAUGGGCGGCUUCAGCGGAAGGCACUUCAAUUAUCAGGAGGGCCACUUCUCCGCUUCGCACGGCACUGGCCCAGUACACGAGGAGUGCCACGAGGCCUUCCUCCGUCGCUGGGCUCCGAGCUGCUCGCAGUGUAAGGAGCCUUUACUGAAGUCCAGCCGGUUCAGUGGACGGAUCUUCGAGUAUGGACGUGGGCAGAAUGGUGUCAAGCAGGCCGUGCAUGAAGAGUGUCAGGUAGACUUUGAGCGGGCAAGGAGAAGGUAG